UUCUCUGUCUGUCAUGUCCUGAGAUGGGUGUUUUUCAGUUUUCUCAAAAUUUGGCCCAUUUUAUCUCACCAACCAUUUUUCUUGAGAGCAAACAUGUUCUUAAUAACUUCAUACUUGGUUCAACUUGAUCGGCAGCAACGCAGGGAAGAUGGAAGCACAGCCUUUGUCUAUGGAACACCAUCCUAAUAAGAAAGUUACAUUCUUGGACCAAGGUGGGGAUCAUGAGAUGAAGGAGAUGAUGGUUGAAGUGCAACUCAACGGUGACGCAGGGAAUUUCAGUUUGCUAGAACCUGCAAAUGUAGGGCACUCCGGUGGGCUUUAUGAUAAGCCUCUUUCAUGCUUUGGUUGUGGCAUUGGCUGGUUCUCAUUUGUUUUGGGAUUUGCAUUUCCGCCACUCUGGUAUUACGCUACGGUGCUUUAUUUUGGAAAUUAUUAUCUCAAAGACCCGAGGGAACGGCCUGGCCUCGCAGCGUCUGCAAUUGCUGCAUUAAUUUGCUCCAUCAUUGUCUUGAUUUCCCUGCUUGCCGUUUUCUGUUAGCAUAGACAAUGCACAUCUUGGAAAUUUGUCUUUCCUUCUGUCCUGCAAAAAUCGACCAAAUUCUCAG